AUGCGUUCACCGAAUUCUCGUAAGCCAUCUUAUGUGGCGCUUGUUGAGAAGAUCGAAUUGCAUGUGGAGAAGAACGAGGUGAAGGUGCGUGUUCUAUGGUACUACCGUCCUAAUGACUUGUAUCACGGUAGGAAAAAAUUCUAUGGAGAGAGAGAGCUCCUCUUGUCUGACCACGAUGAUGUUCAGAGUGUGGAAACUAUUGAAGGCAAAUGCAUCGUUCACACCCUUGACGACUUUAUGAAACUUAAAUGCAUUAGAGAGCAUGAUUACUAUUGGAGGUUGGAGUAUAAGGUUCAUAGCGCCGUUUAUGUCCCUGAGAGCGCUGAGGUGUACUGCUUAUGUUAUCAACCGCAUAAUCCGGAUGUAUUGAUGGUGGAAUGUGAGAAGUGCAAUGACUGGUUUCACUCGAAAUGCAUAGGCAUGACGGAUGAAGAAGUCAAGAAGAUGGAACACUACUUCUGUUCUGCAUGCAACAGCCGUGAUGAAGAGGUUAAUGGUGACGAGGUUGAUGAUGAUGAGGUUAAUGAUGUUGAGGUGGCAGCACCAAAACGCAGAAGAACAGGAUGA